CAAUGGCCCCAAAGCUACCAAAUAAGGACAGACUGCCUGCCUUUCCCUCUAGAGCUCCCACUGACUGAUCUCCAGGCAUAGUAUAAAUUGGCACUCAGUCCCCUAGGCAGCACCCAGCCAAUUCAAUCACAGCAAGCAGCUCUCCUGUGCAGACCAGAACAUAACCUGCCACCAUGUGUGACGACGAGGAGACUACCGCCUUGGUGUGCGACAACGGCUCAGGGUUGGUGAAAGCUGGCUUUGCUGGGGAUGACGCCCCACGUGCUGUGUUCCCAUCCAUUGUUGGACGUCCACGUCACCAGGGUGUCAUGGUUGGUAUGGGUCAGAAAGACUCCUAUGUGGGUGAUGAAGCUCAGAGCAAGAGAGGUAUCUUGACCCUGAAAUAUCCUAUUGAGCACGGUAUCAUCACCAACUGGGACGAUAUGGAGAAGAUCUGGCAUCACACCUUCUACAACGAACUGCGUGUGGCCCCUGAGGAACACCCCACCCUGCUCACUGAAGCCCCACUUAACCCCAAGGCUAACCGUGAAAAGAUGACCCAGAUCAUGUUUGAGACCUUCAACGUCCCAGCCAUGUAUGUCGCCAUCCAGGCCGUCCUGUCCCUGUAUGCUUCUGGUCGUACCACAGGUAUUGUCCUGGACUCUGGUGAUGGUGUCACCCACAAUGUCCCCAUCUAUGAAGGGUAUGCUCUUCCCCAUGCCAUCAUGCGUCUGGAUCUGGCUGGCAGAGACCUCACUGAUUACCUCAUGAAGAUCCUGACUGAGCGUGGCUACUCUUUUGUGACCACAGCUGAGCGUGAAAUUGUCCGUGACAUCAAGGAAAAGCUGUGCUAUGUGGCUUUGGACUUUGAGAACGAGAUGGCCACCGCUGCCUCCUCCUCUUCUCUGGAAAAGAGCUAUGAGUUGCCUGACGGUCAGGUCAUCACCAUUGGAAAUGAACGUUUCCGUUGCCCCGAGACUCUCUUCCAGCCAUCCUUCAUUGGUAUGGAAUCUGCUGGUAUUCAUGAGACUACCUACAACAGCAUCAUGAAGUGUGACAUUGAUAUCCGCAAGGACCUGUAUGCAAACAACGUCUUGUCUGGUGGUACCACCAUGUACCCAGGUAUUGCUGACAGAAUGCAGAAGGAGAUCACCGCAUUGGCCCCCAGCACCAUGAAGAUUAAGAUCAUUGCCCCACCUGAGCGUAAAUACUCUGUCUGGAUUGGAGGCUCCAUCUUGGCCUCUCUGUCCACCUUCCAGCAGAUGUGGAUUAGCAAACAGGAGUACGAUGAGGCUGGUCCCUCCAUUGUUCACAGGAAAUGCUUCUAAAAAGCCCACUCAAUCUUCCAUCCAUCUUGUACAGCAUACCGAGUACCUCCAAAUCAAACAGCAAGACAUGGGCUGCCCCUGUACAGUUUGUUUACAUGUCAUCAUAUUUAUUACUUUAUAAAUAAAAUGCAAGCGGUUACUAAGUUCAAAACCUCUGUCUUCAUUACUUUUCCUAAACUGUUGUAACUAAGAAUAAAAGGAACUAUCUGUUAA